ACGGCCUUAGGAAAGUCAACCUCAACUUUCUCUUGCAAUAGAACACGAAACUGCUUUUUGACUACUGAUCUUCUGUCUAACCAGUGUUAUCAGUUCUGAAUGGCAGCUGGAAAGGAUAAAGAUUAAGCACACUUCCCUAAAGCUGGAAGUAUAGGCAAUAGCAAUAGCAAUAGCACUUAGACUUCUAUACCGCUUCACAGAGCUUCACAGCCCUAAGAGGUUUACAGAGUCAGCAUAUUUCCCCCCAGCAAUCUGGGUCCUCGUUUUACUGACCUCAAAAGGAUGGAAGGCUGAGUCAACCUUGAGCCUGGUGAGAUUCAAACUGCCAAAUUGCAGGCAGCUGACAGGCAGCAGAAGUAGCCUGCGGUACUGAACUCUUAACCACGGCACCACCAUGGCUGUUAUUGUAAGGGCAUUGUAAAGAUUACAGAUAAACAGCCUACACAAAAUGUCUUACAUAUUCCAAACAUGGAUGGUUUUAAUGCAUCACUAAAGCAUCGCUGUUGCUCUCUUUUGUCCUUUCAGUUGCCAGUUACAACAAGCCAGUCUUAUUUUACUUUCAUUGGAUUUUUCUGGUUAUCGCAUUCCUUAAAUCUAGGUUAACCCAAAAUUGAGUGAAAGUGUUUUUUCUAUAGGUAACACCACAAAAAACCCAUUACCCAAUUACAACUGGGGCAUUUAAUUUGGCUUAACAUGUUUUACCUACAUUGGGUAAAGAGGUCUUUUUGAUAAGUGAUCUUGGAUAAUGAAGGAUUUGGGAAGUUGGGAAGCGCAACCCUAAACUAAGGGAACACAAUUUCCAUUAGCAUUUGGGCCCUGCUGGACUGUUUGUCCUGUUGAAGAAUAGGAUCUAUUCUGGGAAGACAUUUUAAGAGGCAAACAUUUGCUACUCACUGGCAAGUCUUUUAUAAACACAUUUUGUCCGUUAAAUGCUUUACAAUUCACCCCAUCAAAAAAGUAAUUUUAAGGUAUAAUGAUUCUUUUGUAUUGCCUGAGUGCCCAUGUUUCCUGCUAAGAGUUUUAAACAAAAUAUCAGUUGAUUUGGGUGUAUGCUGUUUGCACAUACACUGAGAAUAACGCAGUAAAAGAAUCUAGAGACUGUCUAUGGACUUAUUUCUGGUAUCUUUUUGAUUCCCGUAUUUUCCUACCAUAUGUAUUGCUUUUGGUCAUAAUGUAUUAUGUAUACACUGUCUUUUUGGGCUUAGCAUUACAAAAACUGCAACCCGAGGCCGCAUCCAUCUUAUUUGCUUUUGAUUACUCAUUUUUUUCUAAUUAGAGUAAAACACCGUGGUGGCAUUUAGGGUUACAAAUCUAGGGAAAAUAGGUAACUUUCAAAUCCCAUUAUUUAGCCUCAUGGCUGAUAGCCAGUAGAACUGUAAAUGGCAUUUUAUUACAGUAUUUCUGGAAGGUGGGAUAAUUGUUGCAUAAUAUUGGAGAAUAUCAAAUUUUAGAACUAUUAACUAAUCUCGGAAUGAGUUUUUUAGAUUGUGUCUUAAAAGUGGUUAAGAAUCAUCUUUUUUCUACAGGUGCCCAUUUUUCACUCUAAAGGAUGGUCUUCUAUAUAAUGAUCUCACAUUGUUAUUAAAAUAAUUUAGAACGGUUCUUACAAAAAUUAGAACAACAAACUGGGCUUGACUGUAUUACUGCAAAAAAUAUGUUAAUGCCCACCAAAGAAACUUUAUUAAAGAAUUAGCACUAUAUAAAAAUCAGAAGUAUUUUAGGGGGAAAACAAGAUACUGGUUUAUGUGCAAAGAAAAUUGGAGGUCUUGGUAGCCCUAGAAAGCCACAUAUAUGUGAAGUCAGCCACUGUAGUUUAUAGGAGAGUUAUGAUAAUCUAUGAUUAAAGCAUAAACUUGGAAUGCAUGGAAUGGCUAAACUGACAUAGGACUUUAACUGGAAGCGGAAGACAGUAUAUGUAUGAGAUAGAUUAUCAAUUGUAGUGUGCUAAAAAGGUGCAGUAACCCACAAAAACUUUCUGAGGUUGCCCAAAAUCUUCCCAUAUGUUAACCUUUGUAGAUUUAACAUGUUAUUUUGCUUCUUAUUUUAGCAAGGAAAAUCACACAGCUGGGAAUUAGUUUUGCCACCAAUUCAAGCAAUAUGCUUUAGGAGGUGCAGCAAUUUGUCCGAUGGCUACAUGCAAGUUACGGAUUAUCUAAGUUGCAGAUCCUUAUAACUAUGUUUUAGAACUCGGCUGUAUUUAAUUUGAUGGAGUGGUUGAGAGAAGGGGGGAAAUGCAAUGAAAUUCUUGAAAUUUCAGAAUUAUCUGGUUUUAUAGCAAAUACAGAAGAAAGCAUUGCAGAUUCACAUUACUAAACCACUUCUUAGGUGUUCUGAGUGUGUUUCUCUCUCCCACUUUCACCUUUGAAGAUACGAACUGUUGACCAGUCAUUUGAUAUUCCCCCCACCCCAUGGAAAUUGCUGGAUCUGAAAAUCAAAUACACUGGCCUACCUCUUUACCCGAGGUGGCUAGAAAUAACAUCUGCUUAUGAAAGAGGAAGAUAAAACCACACGGCCCAGCCUGGCCAUCAUAAGCCUGUGGUUGGCCAGAAACAGCGGAGCCCUUACCAAUCACAGCAUACCCCCAGUCAGCGUCUCUAUUUCUGGGCUGAGGAUAGUUGUAGAGAACAGGUUGCCCUGUAAUUAUCAUUUUGUUUAGCAAACAGCCAAGCUGGUCAUUUACAACUGCCUGAUGCUUAAUUCCCCAUGGAGAAAACCUACAGUAUCCAUCGUCGAGCCGUCUCCUGCUUUAGAUGUAGCUGAGCCCUUGGAGAAGCCGUCUCCUCUUGUGUGUGCACGCUUGGCCCCUUUAGAACAGAACCAUGUCGAUUGCACACACGGCAGGCAAUUACAUGCUCUCAGAUGCACUGCUGCCAGACCCAAACAGGUCCAGGGCAAAAGGGCUUCACUUGGAGCUGCCAUGCGAUCGCAUCAUGAAGUUUGUCACAGUGGGGCUGCCGCUGCUCUUGGUGUCUCUCAUGUUUGCCCAGGAAUUUUCCACUGGAUCCCAAAUCAGUUGCUUCUCUCCUAGCAACUUCACAACAGAGCAGUCUCAUUUUGUUGAUGCCGUGUGUUGGGACUCCUUGCUUCGCUACGAUUCUGAACCUGCAAGAGAUGCUGCAUCCAAUUCCCUCUGGGUCUUCAAGGUCUUCCCAUAUUCUUUGCUGGUCAUCGCAGUUGCCAUGUACCUGCCUUAUCUGUUGUGGAAGUACGCAGCUGCCCCCUCACUCAACUGCGAUUUGUUCUUCAUCAUUGAUGAGCUAGAUAAAUCCUACAACCGUUCCAUCCGCUUGGUGCAAUACAUGGUGAAGCUCCAGCAAUCGGAAGAGGAUCCAGAGGAUUUCUGGGAGGAGCUUGACCUGGCUCGCAGUGAGAGAUACUUUGAGUUCCCUCUCCUGGAGAGGUACCUGACUUGCAAGCAACGUUCCCAUUACUUGAUCAUCAUUUACGUAUUGAGGAACCUCUUCCUCCUCUUUCUUCUGGCUGUAAGCUGCCUCUACUUGGGAUACUGUCACAUCCAGGUCUUUUUUCACGAUAAAUUCAGAUGUUCAAUCAAGGCAGGGCUUCUAGAAGAAUCUGAUGUUCCAGACUGGAUUCCUUGCAAGCUGGUUUUCUUCUCCGUUUUCCAAAUUACCAGCAUCUGUCUUGGGUCUGUAUACAUCCUUCUGGGCCCAGUUGUCCUCUACCACCUGCUUCAGCUGUGUCAGUGGGACAAGCGGCUUCUGUCCAUUUAUGAAAUGCUGCCGGCAUUUGAUCUCCUCAGCAAGAAAAUGCUGACUUGCCCAUUUAAUGAUCUCAACAUCAUCUUGCUCUUCCUGCGGGCCAACAUCUCGGAAGUCAAAUCUUUCAGUAGACUGAGCGUACUGAGUACUCUCAAGGACAUUUCACCCAACAAAGAAAGCAUAGACACAGUUGUAGAUUUUAUGACCCUCUUUGCUGGCCUGCAGCUAGCAAAGCCAAAGCAUAAUUCCAAUGCCAACAAGAAUUUGCUCCACCUGGAAAAUGAAGCUGAAAUGAAACCUGCUCUGGAAGCCAGAGAAAACUGACACAGGAAUGGAUUCGAUACAGAAGCAAAUAGCAGAAAAAUCGGAAUUGGUGAAGAGCACUGAGCAUAAAAAAGAACUAGAAGUGUAUUUU